UUUUAUCCCUCAUCACAAGGAUGACCAUCCCCUUCCAAACUCAACUUGUCUUUAUAAGCCACUGCAUCCCAUCUAGAAAUUUUCUUAAAAACAAAAUCCCAUUUAAACAGAUAAAGACAUCAAAGAUUUACUACAGGCAGCAAUGGCUGAUCCAGACGCAGCAGAGCACGAGAGAAUCUUCAAGAAGUUUGACGCCAAUGGGGACGGACAGAUAUCAUCGACGGAGCUAGGAGACGCCUUGCAAAACCUUGGCAACGUCACGGUGGAUGAAGUUAAGAGAAUGAUGUCUGAAAUUGAUACUGAUGGCGAUGGCUACAUUUCAUUCCAGGAGUUCACAGAGUUUGCCAAGGCCAACAAGGGCUUAAUGAAAGACGUCGCCAAGGUCUUCUAGCUUCUGUUUUCUACUUCUUUUUACUAUCGAAUCCACACAAUAUGUAUCGAUGAAAUAGUUUCCUAAAUUUGUAGUAAAGAUUACAUUUGGAUUCUGAUAAUAAAAUUUUCAAUAAAAUGGUUUCAGAACCAU